CCACCAUUGGGAAUCUAUCAAAUCUACAUGAAUUAGAUCUCUCUUCCAACAAAUUAAAUGGAUCAAUACCAUCCACUAUUGGGAAUUUACCAGAUUUACUUUAUUUACAACUCUCUUCCAAUAAAGUAAAUGGUGAGCUACCGUUCUCUCUCUGCAACUUGACAUCCUUGGGAUAUCUUCUUCUCUCAAAUAAUAGUUUCGAAGGGACACUUCCACGAUGCUUUCAAAACUUGAGUCAAUCUCUACGUAUCUUUCAUUUAAAUGCAAAUCACUUUAGUGGCCUCAUUCCAUCAAUAUUUAUGGAAGGGUGUAGUAUUGAGUCCAUCAAUUUGAAUGGUAAUAAAUUGCAAGGAAAUUUGCCUAAAUCAUUAAUCAAUUGCGUACGCCUGAAGGACCUCGACGUCGGAAAUAAUAGAUUACAAGACAAAUUUCCGUUUUGGAUGGAAGCUCUUCCUAUGCUUCGAGUGUUAGUCUUGAAAUCUAACAAGUUUGAUGGUAACUUGUCUAUGCCUUCACGUAGCAACUUUCCAUUUCCUAAGUUGCAAGUAUUAGAUAUAUCGAGAAAUGCAUUUGUGGGCUCUUUACCUCAAAGAUAUUUCAAGAAUUUCAAAGCAAUGAUGGAUGACAAGGCAAAUCAAAGAGAAAGAUACAAUGAUGGUGAUUUGAACUUUCUAUAUUAUGUGGAGAUGACAAUCACCUUGAAAGGUCAAGAUCAAUUAUUGAAGAGGCUGCUGGAAGCCUUUACAAUCCUUGACUUAUCCUCCAAUAGAUUCUCUGGGAGUAUUCCAGAUUGCAUAGGAAAUCUUUAUUCUCUGAGAUACUUAAAUUUGUCCCACAAUAAUCUCAUGGGACACAUACCUGCAUCUCUCGGAAAUAUAAGUGUGCUCGAAUCAUUGGACUUGUCAUCGAACAAAUUGGAUGGUGGAAUUCCAAGGGAAUUGACGAGGUUGACAUUCCUUGAGAAAUUAAACCUUUCAAUGAAUAAUCUUGUGGGGCAAAUACCACAAUCUAACCAGUUCUCCACAUUUGACAAUGAUUCAUAUAUGGGAAACUUGAGAUUGUGUGGAAUUCCAUUGACGAGAAAAUGCAACAAGGAGAACGGGCAUCAGAUGCAGCCAGAAGAAGAUGAUGAAGAAAAUGAAGAGUAUGGAUUUAUAGAUGGAUUUGGAUGGAGAAGUGUGGUGAUGGGAUAUGGAAGUGGAAUCAUAGUUGGGAUUGGAAUUGGUUGUUGGAUUAUUCGAUUUGGAAGGCCAAGAUGGUUGGUGGAAUUCUUUUUUGGCGUUGGAUAUACAUACAAGAAGAACAAGAAGAAGAAGAAGAAGACAAGGAAGAGAGCUACUCCAACACAGAGAAGUUUAUAAUGUUUAUGUUAAACCUUUGUAUUUACGAAAAUACCCUCAUCUAAAUUUCAACACCUAAAAUGUAUUUAAAAAUCCCUUGAAACUCAAUAAAAUUUCCUGCUGCUACGUGACACAUUGAUCUCAGCCACGAAUAAAAUUAUGGUGAAUUCUUCGUAUUGGGUUUUCUUUGAAAGGUGAUUGUGAUGGAGUCCGGUAUCAAACCAGCAGUUAUUUUCAUUUGGGCCUUUUGUCGAACACUUGGCGGACUUCUUUUCGCUAUGCUUUAGGGAAUCUUAAUUUCCUUCGUCUCUUGGAAACACGAGCAUUCUUGAGUUGACCGAGUUGAAAUUUUUUACAAAUUUAUAUC